CGUAGUGUUCGAAGUAAAAUUCAUGUUAAUGAAUGUUAAUUUAUACAUUUUGUAAGAAUCUAAAAUCUGUUUAUUUCAACAACAACAACUGCAACAACGGCAACAAUUAUUAUUGGAAGCGCGCGCGAAAUUGUUAUUUGAUUUUUGAAACGCGAUUCGCUUGAGAUUUAUUUUUAUUUUUUCGGCAUAUACUAGUAGUCGUGCAUGGAACGUCGCGUAGAUCGCAUCGAUAGGGAACGAGAACAACAGCGCGAUUGACAUGGAUCCCGAUUUCGUGAACAAAUACAACCAAGUGCUGAAUCGCCUGAAGCUUGUCGAGAAUUUCGAUGGCACCGAUGCCGGCAAGCUGCCGCAGUUUCUACACAAAAUCGACGCCCUAAUGCCCGCGAUCAACACAUUCGAUGACUACUACAAAGCGCAGCUGAUUGGACACAUCAAGAACAAAUGCACAGAUCGGGCCAGAGAUGCGGUCUUCACCCGGCAGCUGAGCGCUCCGGCGGGCACGGCCAACGGCCACGGCCAGGCGGGCAAUGGGAGCGCUCUGCUGAAGGCCGAGUCCUGGCACAAGCUGAAGGAGCAGCUGCUGCACAGCUUUGCGGAGCGCGAGUCCAGCUACGCGCUGAUACACAAGAUCCGCAGCGCCGUGCUCGACUCCAAUAUCGAGCUGUACUAUCAGAAGAUGUCGAAGCUGAAGCAGCGACUGCUCAAUCGCAAGCUGACCCACAAUGAUACCCUGUACUCGCUGGAGGAUAUUGAGCGUAUAACGCUGCAAGUGUUUCGGGAUCAUCUGCCGGAGCCGACGCACUCGAUGAUCCUGCGACGCAACCCGAAGAGCAUGGAGGAGGCCUAUCGCUAUAUUGUCGAGGUGCAGCAACAGUUCUACACGCAGAGCGGACCCUUGGGCGGGGAGCAGGGCGCCACGUUCAGCACCAGCCACAAGCAGACCUUUGGCAUGGUCGGCAUGGGCGGCGUCGGCACAGGCACCGUGGGCUCCAGCAUGGGCAUGGGCUCCGGCGUGGGCAUGGGCCUGGGCAUUGCGUCCGUCGGCCUGGCCAGCACGGGCUUCUCGUACGGCCGCCAAAUGUCCGAAAAGGGCACCGCCAACUCCACGCAGGGCUAUCAGCAGCAGAGCAGCAGGAGCUACUACAAUCAGUCGGCGCCCCUGGUUGGCGCUGGCAAAACGAAUCCCAUGUUCAAGAGCAACGGCAAUCCCUCCUUCAAGUCCAGCUUCAGCUACAACGGCAGCGGGAGCGGGAGUGGCAGCGGGAGUGGAGGCUACUCCAACAGCAAGCUGGACAAGAACAAGUCGAAGCAGCAGGGUCCGGGUCAGGGUCAGGGUCAGGGCAAGAAUGUGAAGGCGAACAGCGGCAGCGGCUGGCGGAAAUAGCACCAAGAGAU